GGGCAUGAAGCCACUGGAGAAAUUUUUGAAGAAGCAGACGUCGCAGCUGGCGGGGCGAGCGGUGGCAGGAGGAUCCGGCGGGGGUCCGGGUUGCUGCGGAGGGCCUGGAGGGGGUGGGGGCCCUGGCGGAGGCUGCGGUCCGGCCGGGGGACCGCGGCCGCUGCAGCGGCGUCAGAGCGUGUCUCGCCUGCUGCUCCCAGCUUUCCUCCGAGAGCCCUCAGCCGAGCCCGAGCUGGAGCCGCCGGCUGAGGAGGAAGGGGGAGAGCCAUUAGGGCUCUCGGAGGAGCCGGGCAGCGGGGGGCCCUGUUGGCUGCAGCUAGAAGAGGUGCCCGGGCCAGGGCCGCUGGGGUGCGGGGUACCCCUGCGCUCUCCUUCCUCGUACUCCUCAGAUGAGCUAUCCCCCGGCGAGCCCCUGGCUUCACCUCCCUGGGCCCCUCUAGGCGCCCCCGAGCGGCCAGAGCAUCUUCUGAACCGGGUUCUGGAGCGCCUGGCUGGAGGGACUACCAGGGACAGCGGCGCCUCAGAUAUUCUGCUUGAUGACAUCGUCCUCACCCAUUCCCUCUUCCUGCCAACAGAAAAGUUUCUACAAGAGUUACACCAGUACUUUGUUCAGUCAAGGAAUGUGGAGGGUCCUGAGGGGCUGGGCCGGAAGCAAGCCUGUCUAGCUCUACUCCUCCAUUUCUUGGAUACCUACCAAGGACUACUGCAAGAGGAAGAAGGGGCCGGCCACAUUAUCAAGGAACUGUAUCUACUGAUUAUGAAGGAUGAGUCCCUUUACCAAGACCUCCGAGAGGACACUCUGAGGCUGCACCAGCUCGUGGAGACAGUAGAGCUAAAGAUUCCAGAGGAGAGCCACCCACCCAGCAAGCAGGUUAAGCCACUCUUCCGCCACUUCCGCCGGAUAGAUUCCUGUCUGCAGACUCGAGUGGCAUUCCGGGGCUCAGAUGAGAUCUUCUGCCGAGUCUACAUGCCUGACCACUCUUACGUGACCAUACGCAGCCGCCUCUCAGCAUCAGUGCAGGAUAUUCUGGGCUCUGUGACGGAGAAGCUGCAGUACUCAGAAGAGCCUGCAGAGCGUGAGGAUGCUCUCAUCCUGGUAGCUGUUGCCUCUUCUGGAGAGAAGGUCCUCCUCCAGCCAACAGAGGACUGUGUUUUCACUACACUGGGCAUCAACAGCCACCUAUUUGCUUGUACCCGGGACAGCUAUGAGGCCCUGGUACCCCUUCCUGAAGAGAUCCAGGUCUCUCCUGGCGACACAGAGAUCCACCGCGUGGAGCCUGAAGACGUUGCCCAUCAUCUUACUGCCUUCCACUGGGAGCUGUUCCGAUGUGUGCAUGAGCUGGAAUUCGUGGACUAUGUGUUCCAUGGGGAGCGUGGUCGCCGCGAGACAGCUAACUUGGAGUUGCUGCUGCAACGUUGCAGCGAGGUUACUCACUGGGUGGCCACUGAGGUGCUGCUCUGUGAGGCCCCUGGCAAGCGCGUACAGCUGCUCAAGAAAUUCAUCAAGAUCGCCGCCAUCUGCAAGCAGAACCAGGACCUACUGUCCUUCUAUGCUGUGGUCAUGGGACUGGACAAUGCUGCCGUCAGCCGCCUGCGGCUGACCUGGGAGAAGCUGCCAGGGAAAUUCAAGAACCUGUUCCGCAAAUUUGAGAACUUGACGGACCCCUGCCGGAACCACAAAAGCUACAGAGAAAUCAUCUCCAAAAUGAAGCCCCCUGUGAUUCCCUUCGUGCCCCUGAUCCUCAAAGACCUGACCUUCCUGCAUGAGGGGAGUAAGACCCUCGUGGAUGGUUUGGUGAACAUUGAGAAGUUGCAUUCCGUGGCUGAGAAAGUGAGGACAAUCCGAAAAUACCGGAGCCGGCCCCUCUGCCUGGACAUGGAGGCCUCCCCACAUCACCUGCAGACCAAGGCCUAUGUGCGCCAGUUCCAGGUCAUCGACAACCAGAAUCUCCUCUUCGAGCUCUCCUACAAGCUGGAGGCCAAUAGUCAGUGAGAGUGAAGGGGCCCAGGGCCCCCACCUAGGUCCUUGGCACCUGGCACUCAAGCACUUUGCACGAUGCCCUCAACAACCCCCAUCUGGACAUCUUGUACCCGGAGCCACUUCCUGUCCUACAAGGAGGAGUUGGGUUGACCUCUACCAGAAUGCAUAAGC